GCAAUAAAUGCUGGAAGAUCUCCAUCAGUUCAGAAGUGCAGACGAGCAUCAGAGCAUCAGGAAGAGCUGAGAUCUGAUCAAAGACUGAGUUUAUUAAAGAGGACAGAGAGAAGAUGAGAGAUCCAGAGCCCUGCAGAAUCAAACACACUGAAGAUACUGAGGAACUAACAGGCCUCGUGGAAGAGAACAAGGAGAGAGAAGAACUGAGUGAAGUGGAGGAGAAACAUCACAACGAACCUGGAGGAAAACCUUCGAGUCACUCGAAGACUAAAAAUAUAUUUUUAAAGAAAAGAAGAGCCAAGAAAUCUUUCACCUGCACUCAGUGUGGGAAGAGUUUCCCAUUCAAGCAAAGUCUUGAGUGGCACAUGAGGAUUCACACUGGAGAGAAACCAUUCACAUGUGAUCAGUGCGGGAAAGAUUUCACGCAGACAGGACAUCUUAAAAAUCACAUGAGGAUCCACACCGGAGAGAAGCCGCACGCAUGUGAUCAGUGCGGCAAAACAUUUAUCGUGUCAUCAAACCUCAAGACACACCUGACAGUUCAUACGAAGGAGAAGCCGCAUUCAUGUUCUGUGUGUGCAAAGAGUUUUUCACAGCUGAGCAAUUUAAAAGUACAUCAGAAAAUACAUGCUGAUGUGAGAGAUUAUAUGUGCUUUGAGUGUGGGAAGACAUUUAUUUCAGCAUACAGAUUAAACCUGCACCAGAGGAGCCACACUGGAGAGAAACCUCACAAGUGUUCACACUGUGACAAGAGUUUCAGUCAGUCAUCAAAUCUGAAUGCACAUGAGAAGAUCCACAGCAGAGAGAAGCCACCCACGUGUGAUCAGUGCGGGAAAAGCUUCACUUUUAAAAGUCAGCUGAAGAUACACACGAGGAUGCAUGCAGUGGAGAAACCAGAUCACCACAGUCUGAGAUCACGGUCAGUAGUUCAUGUUCAUGUGCGGAGAAACAAGGUGUCUUCUGUGGAAGAGCUGUGACGAGCGACAGGACAUUUUGUUGGAGGCUUGGUAUCUGCUUCAAAAGUCUCACAUUGUUAUGAAGUAUUGAGUUGUAAUUAACUCGUUCCCCGUCAGCGUUUUAAAAAAUGUUGCCAGCCAACGCCAGCAUUUGAGCAUUUAACCUUUUAGGCGCCAGGGAUUUUUUGAAAAAUGCUGGAUUUUGACAUCAAGAUUUCAACAGCUUGUGGCUUGAAAGGGCU